CUACUUGUGCAUCACGUCACUUCCGUAAUGUAGUGUCCAUUAGGGGAAGCACAUGGUAAAUCUUGGCUCCAGAUUCUUUUACAAAAAUAACAACAAAAAUUUAAGAUGAGUUCACAGAAAGGUAAUGUGAAGAAAGCUGGCCCACCCCGUCACAGAAACAACACAGCUUUUAGAAAUAAUUUACACGAUAACAGUAUCAAACAGAAAAUGAUAAAUUCUUUGGAAAUUACUGGAUUGUGUGAUUCGUGUACUAGAGUGAUUGAAUGGAAAAUAAAAUAUAAAAAGUACAAACCUCUCACAAAUCCUAAAACUUGUUCUGGCUGUUCUAAAAAGGCUAUCAAAAGAGCUUACCAUUUCCUGUGUCAGCAAUGUGCCGAAAACAGACAAAUAUGUCCAAAAUGUGUUAAAAACCGUGUUGCAACAAAGAAAAAUGAUGAAGCUGGGGAAACCAAUCCAGACAGCAAAUGUGCAGACAGAUGCAGUGAUUGCAGUUCGGAAUGUAGUGAUAAUGCCACACAAGUAUCUGGCCAUCACAUAAAACUAGAACCUGUAUCUACAGAGAAAACUUCCAGUAAUUUGUCUGAAGAACAAAGUAAUUCUGAUGAUGGUGAUGAGGAUGAUGAUGAUUCUGAAGAGGAAGAAGGAAAAAGCCUUCAGAAAGGCCAUAGUCCUGUAAAUCUAUCUCUCACUAAUUUAGCCGUAUCUAAUUAAUAUUAAAAUUAUUUUAUAUCAAA